AUGCCCCUCUGGCACAUCUACCACUCUCCCGGAAUCUUUGAUACCCCAGAGAUUCGGAAAAGCCUCGCUGCAGAUAUCACCAAGCUUUACACCACCAUAGUUGGUCUUCCUGCCUUCUAUGUCGUUGUCCGCUUUAUCUGCCUUCCGCACGACACUGCCUUUAUUGGAGGCGAGAUUACAAAUGAGAAGCCCUUUGUUAGCCUCGUGGUUGAGCAUGUAGCCGUCCAUAAAGACGAUGGAGGGGAAAACGCCGCUCAAAUCUUCAGCGAUCGAAUUAAUGAGGCCCUCGCUCCUUAUAUGGCCGAGAAAGGCUAUGAUUGGGAGAUUACAAUCAGCGAUACCGCCCGGGAUUACUGGAGGAUCAACGGGAUGGUGCCACCUGCGUGGAAGAGUGAGGCAGAGAAACGUUGGGUUGAACUAAACCGGCCGGUCGAAUGGCAGGGGAAGUAG